GGUGUGGGGCGUGAUGCCGAGCACGCAGCUGGACGCGAGCGCUUCAAGCCGUGUCGGUGGCUUGAAGAAGAGCUACAAGAUCGGAGGCAUGACGUCGAGCGCAGCAUCGGGAGGCCUUCCGCACUGGAAGGGGUUCCAGGAGGACUACCCAAAGGGCCUCGGCGUCUCGAUGGAGCACUGGGCGAAGCUGAUCGUCCGUUUGGUCGAGGACAUGCAGAUCCUUAAGGAGAUGGGGUCGAUCUCGUACGCGCUGGAGGUGGGCGUCCACAGCCGCAUGCCAGAGGAGGACACCGCCGUGAAGAACGCCCUCGGGAAGCACGUGCUACGCGCGUACGACUUCAAGUCGAAGGGGGAAGUUGGCAUGCUUGCAGGCGGCGUAGUGGACUACAUGAAGGAAGAGAGGCUGUCCCAGGUGGGCGUCUCUUCGGCGGUGUACGCGUGCGAGUUCUUGCUCUUCGUGACGACAGAG